CGUCUAAUGAAGAUAAGAAGUUGAAACCCCGCCUUUCAUUUCCUUUUUCUCAAUCACUUCCACACAACACAAACUCAUCUUUAUUUUUCUGAGUUAUCCUUUUUUCUGAAUUCUAGUCUUUGCUUCAGUAAAUUAGGUUUAUAGAUGAUAUUAACUUCAGCAUAAGAUCAUAACUUUAUGCACUAGCCAAAAUGACGCCUGUAAUUCCUUGUUCGGUGAGCAAUAUUUCGUUUACUCAUGGAAAUGUCUUUACAACAAGGAAGGGCAAAUGGAUUACCAGAUACAAUUCUUCUGGAAACCCGACGAGAUUGUUAUUAUCCUCCCAGAAAUUUUUCGUAGCUUUUCCACAUAGUACCGCGGUUUUCCAUCGAUUGAGAAAUGGGUGCUCGAGAAUCCAAAGAUUAUCAGCCGCAGGGACAGAUGUAGCAGUAGAGGAACAAGGCUCAUCGGUUGCAGAUGAAGCAUCUGCUGGACCUGGAGAAGGUGAGACGAACGAGGAACCUUCUGCUAAAGCUGAUGUGAGUGCUGCUCCUUCUCAAGCCAAGCGAAGGCAAGGUAGGAAGAGUGAGAUGCCACCUGUUAAGAAAGAGGAGUUAGUACCUGGGGCCAUGUUUACCGGGAAAGUAAGGUCGAUACUUCCUUUUGGUGCUUUUGUCGAUUUUGGAGCUUUCACAGAUGGUUUGGUGCACGUUUCCAUGUUAAGUGAUAGCUUUGUAAAGGAUGUAAAUGAUGUGGUUUCCGUAGGCCAAGAGGUUAAGGUGAGAUUAGUUGAAGUGAAUGAUGAGACUGGGAGGAUAUCCCUUUCAAUGCGUGAUGAUGAUAGCAGCAAUAAGCCUCAGCCAAAGAAAGAUGGGAGUGGCGAAAAAUCUAGAGCACCUAGACGAGGUGGCCUGAAUAAAAGUUCUCAGAAGAGGGGUGAAGUUAAGAAAACCAAGUUUGUCUUAGGUCAGGAUCUUGUGGGCACCGUAAAAAAUUUAGCACGCUCUGGUGCUUUUAUAUCUCUUCCUGAGGGUGAGGAAGGUUUCUUGCCUACUUCAGAGGAACCGGAUGAUGGUUUUGCGAACGUUAUGGGAAAUACAUCAUUAGAGGUCGGACAAGAAGUUAAUGUCCGUGUGUUGCGUAUUACAAGAGGCACGGUUACUUUAACCAUGAAGAAAGAUGAAGAUAAGCAAACGGUAGAUACGACAUUGAACCAGGGCGUUGUUCAUACAGCAACCAACCCUUUUGUCAUGGCUUUCCGUAGAAACAAGGAUAUUGCUGCAUUUUUGGAUGUCAGAGAAAAGGCCGAGGAAGAAGUGUCCGCUGAGAUAACAACAUCAGAUGUAUCUGCUGAAACAACUACAGUAGAAGAUGCACGUGCUGAAACAACUACGGCAGAAGAUGCACCUGUUGAAACAACUGUAGAAGAAGAUGCACCUCCUGAAACAACUAUGGCAGAAGAUGUAUCUGUUGAUGCAACUACAGUGAACGAUGUAUCUACCGAAACUCAAACUGAGACUCUUGAUGUAGAAGAGGAUUCACCAGUGGAAAUUCCCGUUGAUGAAGCCAAAGUGGAGGCAUCCGCUCCUGAGGGAGAUCAGAAUGUCAGUGCUUCAAGUGCAGAAGAGGAGGUUGCAACACCAAUGCCCCCUGAAUCUUCAAUUGAAAAUGAAGAGGUGAAAAGCGAGGCGUCUCCUCCUAGCCAAGAAGUGGUAGCAGAAACUCAAGCUAGUGUAGAGACUACUCCUGAGGGAAAUGGGAGUAUCAACGGCUCAACUGCAGGAGAAAAUGGAUCAUCUCCUCAAGGAAGCACCUCUAAAGCAACUAUAUCCCCCGCUCUUGUAAAACAGUUACGAGACGAAACAGGAGCAGGGAUGAUGGAUUGCAAAAAGGCUCUAUCCGAGACGGGAGGUGACAUUGUUAAGGCACAGGAGUAUCUCAGAAAGAAAGGACUAGCGAGUGCCGAUAAGAAAGCUAGCAGAACUACCGCUGAGGGGAGAAUUGGUGCCUAUAUUCAUGACAGCAGGAUCGGUAUUCUAAUUGAGGUGAACUGUGAGACCGAUUUUGUUGCUCGAGGUGAGAUUUUCCGGGAGCUUGUUGAUGACCUAGCCAUGCAAGUUGCUGCAUGCCCUCAAGUAGAAUAUCUUUCUACCGAUGAUGUUCCAAAAGAAAUUGUGGAUAAAGAAACAGAAAUUGAGAUGCAAAAGGAAGAUCUUUUAUCAAAACCUGAGCAAAUCCGCGCAAAAAUUGUUGAAGGGAGGGUUAACAAGAGGCUUGGAGAUUUGGCUUUACUCGAGCAGCCAUACAUCAAGGAUGAUAAGGUGGCUGUUAAAGACUGGGUGAAGCAGACUAUUGCAACAAUUGGUGAAAAUAUUAAAGUGAACAGGUUCGUGAGGUACAAUCUUGGUGAGGGAUUGGAGAAGAAAUCCGAAAAUUUUGCAGCUGAGGUAGCUGCCCAGACUGCAGCAAAAGCUGCUCCUGCGCCAGAAAAAGAGCAAGUUGCUGCUGGUGAAACGGCAAAACCAGUUGAGAAGGCACCAACAGUAGCUGUUUCCGCUGCCUUAGUUAAACAACUACGUGAAGAAACAGGAGCAGGCAUGAUGGAUUGCAAAAAGGCACUUGCUGAAACUGGAGGGGACCUCGAGAAAGCUCAAGAGUAUCUUAGAAAGAAGGGUCUAUCCAGCGCAGAAAAGAAGUCGAGCCGACUUGCAGCCGAGGGGAGAAUCGGGUCCUACAUUCACGAUGCUCGCAUUGGGGUGCUUAUUGAAGUUAACUGUGAAACUGACUUUGUGGGUAGAAGUGAAAAUUUCAAGGAAUUGGUGGAUGACUUAGCUAUGCAAGUUGCCGCUUGCCCACAAGUUGAUUACGUAUCCAUUGAGGAUAUACCUGAAAGUAUCGUGAGCAAGGAAAAAGAGAUCGAGAUGCAGAGAGAAGACAUUUUGUCAAAGCCCGAGAAUAUCAGGGAGAAAAUCGUCGAAGGAAGAAUUUCAAAGAGACUUGGAGAACUCGCUCUUUUGGAGCAACCCUUCAUUAAAGACGACAAGCUCCUAGUGAAGGACCUAGUCAAACAAACUGUUGCUGCACUAGGGGAGAACAUUAAAGUUCGGAGGUUUACUCGAUUUACCCUCGGUGAGAAAACCGAAAGCUCAAACACCGAACAAUCUGAAGCAUGAAGCGUAGAAAAUAACUUAUUAAAUCGUAGCAUAAUGGAGAAAAUCAUGGAUUAACCUCUUCAGAUUGGUGGGACUUAAUUCUAUCAAGUUUCAGGUUUGUUAUAUCAUUUUAAAGGCAGUUUUUGUUUUGGUUUUAAUGCCUUUGUAUUUUGUAAUCAUCUUAUAGCUCAUGUUCCAACAAUACUGGUCUUAUGGAGAGAAGUCUGAUGUAGAGACUAGAGUCAAUGACAAUACAUCUUCAAAUUGUAUUUUUAGUUGGAGGAAAACAUGAAAAACCUUUUUUGUAAAGGUAUUUCUGAGGCAUUUAUGUAUAUUUAUAUUCUUCACGGAAAUAA